CGAAAUUCACAAAGAUUCGAAUCGAUAGUUUGUUCGCGGAUUAUGAGUGCUGUCAAAAAAUCGAACGCCGCCAAAUCAGAUGUUCAAAUAGCGGUUUACGAGAAUUGCGAUGGAUUCACUUCGUAUGACGUAUACGGUCUGUGACAUCUUUUAGAUUAUUGUGCAAAUUUUUAUAAGAAUAUUGUGUAUUUAUUGUCGUAUUAUCGUAUUAUCAAAAGCUUAUAGUUCUAUCGAUUUCGGAACGAUGAGAAAAUGCUUCGAAAUUUAGGAUUGAUAUUUGGCAAAAUUCAGCGCGUGAAACCUUUUCAUUUAUAUGGACAGCGAUACUUAGGAACUUUGAGGGAACCUUCUCAACCUUUAAAACGAUGUCCAAAAUGGGUUUGCGUGGAAGAUGCGGUAAAAAUCAUAAAUUCAGAGCAUUUAGUUUUCAUACAAGGUGGUGCAGGUACGCCGAUGGAACUUGUGCGUGCCAUGACUGAGCACGGAAUAUGCAAUAAUUUGCGUGGGGUCAGAUUGCUGCACCUGAACCUCGAGGGUGAUACACCGUUCGCCAAUCCGGAAUUUGAGAAGCACUUCAGAUCCAUCAGUCUAUACGUGGGGUAUAAUCUCAGAGAAGCAGUGAAUGAAGGACGAGCUGAUUGCAUUCCGGUAUUUAUGCAUGAAAUACCGAAAUUGUUCUACGAGAAACAAAUUGUUCCAGAUAUUGCCCUGAUCCAUGUGAGCAUGCCGGAUGCACGUGGAUUCUGCUCGCUCGGCGUGAACGCGGAUUGCACUCGCGCUGCAAUUUGCACUGCCAAAGUCCUUAUCGCGCAAGUAAACGAGCAUAUACCGAGGUCGUUCGGAGAUACGCUGGUCCAUUCGAGUCACUUUGACUGGGCAGUGAGACAUGAUUGUCCUCUGCCUUGCGUGGGUUGUCUGCUGCCCAACGAUCUCGAGCAGGAGAUCGGCAAGAUCAUUGCGCAGCGGCUGAUCGAAGACGGAGCGACGCUGCAACUCGGCAUCGGCUGUAUUCCUGAUUCAAUAUUUUGCGCACUAGUUAAUCACAAAGAUCUGGGCAUACAUUCUGAAAUUAUUUCCGAUGGAAUAGUUGAUCUUGUCCAGCACGGCAAUAUUACGAACAAAUGCAAGCUCAAGCACAGAGGACGCAUAGUAAACUCUUUCGCCAUCGGAACGAAAAAAUUGUAUGAUUUCCUGCAUAACAAUCCAGUCAUUGGUAUGGCUAAUUGGCUUACUCUGAUAGCUUUGAGAAAGGAGAUAAAGUUCUCGUGUCAUUUUAUAAUCAGAAUUAUUGUUAUGUUAGAGAUGCUAGCAGCUAAUUAUGUGAAUAAUUGCCAAGUGAUCUCGAUGCAGCCAAAGAUGACGGCCAUCAACUCUUGUAUCGAAAUGGACCUCACUGGUCAAAUAUGUUCAGACAGUUUGGGCUGUAAGAUGUAUUCUGGUUUCGGCGGUCAAUUGGAUUUCACUCGAGGCGCAGCGAAUAGUCAGGACGGUCGUGGAAAGGCCAUCAUAGCAUUUCCCUCAGUUACUAGUCGAGGGGAAAGUAAAAUACAACCAGUGCUAAAACUCGGAGCUGGAGUGGUAAUUACGAGAGCUCACGCACAUUAUAUAGUCACAGAACAUGGAGUAGCGAAUCUUUUCGGUAAAACUUUACGACAAAGGGCGAAUGCAUUGAUUCAAAUUGCACAUCCCGAUCACAGGGAGUGCCUCGAAAAGGCUGCAUUUGAACGUUUGAAAUCUAACCCGACAAAAUAUCUGUAAUACUUAUGAUGUGUAAAUACAAAUCAUGUGAUAAUCCAAGUCUCGUACGGAUAAUAAAUUUUGAUAACAAGAAAUAUAAAAA